AUGCCUUCCGUCUGCCCCCCUGCUGAACAAUCCUCGAAUAGCGGGCAAAGGUGGGAAGACUUCGCCUUAGGGUUCUUCCUUUGUCUCACACUGGUCCUCGUCUUCCACUUUUGCAGAAGAUGCAUCCGACAGGGAGGUAAAUUUGCAUGGGCCUUCUCGACUCCGGUUGCUUCUUCCUCAUCAGCACCGGCUGCACCGGCUGCACCGUCAGACGACGUCGAGGCACAGCCACAAGGGCAUUGGGAGUGGUCGGAGAUUGGGAUGGCGGGGAGUUCAUUCGCCGUGUCUGCUCCGCCUUCGGCAUGA